GUAAGGUCCAUUAUUUUUGUUUUAGGGUCCUGCCCUUCGGCCUCUGUUCAGCCCCUUUUGUUUUCACAAAAAUUUUUAGGCCUCUCGUUGCCUACUGGAGGCGGGAUAGUAUUCACAUUGUUGUUUACCUUGAUGAUGGUUUAGGGGAGGGGCCUUCAUAUCAGGUUGCUUUAGCCCAUUCCACCAGGGUUAAGGCUGAUUUGGUUCGUUCUGGCUUUGUACCCAACUUCGAGAAAUCUGUUUGGGUUCCUACAUCAGUCCUUGAUUGGUUGCGUUUCACCAUUGAUCUUUUUCAGGGUUUGCUUUUUGUUCCGGGGAUAAAGCUCAAGCGGGUUGUUUCUGAUAUUGAGGCUAAUUGUUGCACCGCCAGGGAACUGUCCGCUCUUGCUGGUCGUAUUAAUUCCUUUAACUAGCUGUAGGUAAUGUUACUACAUUGGUGACAAAGGUUAUUCCUAUGUCCAUCGUCCUUCAGCCUAGUUGGGACUCUAGGUUUCCUUUGUCCGAUUCUGUCAAAGAAGAGCUUUUUUUUUCUGGAAAGAGAACGUUCGGUGUUUGAAUGGGAGGCCCAUUGGGCGUCACAUUUCAUGUUCUCGUUCCAUUGUUUAUUCAGAUGCUAGUGACCUAGGGGUUGGCGGUGUUGUUUAGACCACCAGGGUGUUAUUUGUCAUCUUCCGUGGACUGCUAAUGAAAUGUUUCGCAGCUCCACGUGGCGUGAGCUUAAGGCAGUCUAUAUUUGUCUCUCUAGUUCUGCCGUAGUUUUGUCAGGGUGCGCAGUUCAAUGGUUCACGGAUAACCGCAACAUUCCGUCCAUUAUUCGCAACGGGAGUAUGAAGCGGGAUUUGCACGAAAUUUCCCUCUCUAUUUUUCAACUAGUUUUGCGAAAUGGUAUUGAUUUGCAGGUGGACUGGAUUCCUAGGUCUCUCAAUGAGCACGCGGAUGCCAUAAGUAGGAUCGUUGAUUUUGAUGACUGGGGUGUUUCGUUUGAAUUUUUCAACCAUGUAGACAACAUUUGGGGUCCACAUUCCGUAGAUCGUUUUGCCCAUUCCCAUAACUGCAAAUUACCCAGAUUCUUUUCCCGUUUCUGGAAUCUUGACUGGGCGGGGGAGAAUAACUGGCUUGUUCCCCCAGUGUCCCUUGUUCCCCGGAUUAUUAGGCAUUUGUUUGUAUGUAGGUCUAUGGGCACUCUUAUUGUCCCCAAGUGGGUCUCAGCUCCAUUUUGGCCCAUGCUCUUUGGUCCCCAUUCCUCCUUUUCCGUUUGCGUUAAGAGACCAUUGUUUUUACUAAUGUUUCUAAUAUUUUUGUUCCGGGCUCUACAGAGUCUAUUUUUGAUGGCCCUAAAUUUAAGUCUCAUGUAUUAGCCGUCCGUUUGUCGGCUUGUUAGCUUUGUUCUUCUAGGCUUAGUUUCCUUUCCGCAGUUACGUGUAGUUACCUUGUUUAGCCUAUAUAAAAUUGUGGUUUAUUAUUUUGAGUGAUUUGUUCUGUUUUUUCUUUUGCCUCGGUGGCAUUUAUGCGGGUCUCGGUGACCUUGUUUGUACCUUCACUGAUCCCGACGGGUCGCACCGUUACAUUUUUGUGUGACCUCGGUCAGUUUUUGAUCCUUCCAGGUCCCCCAUAUAUAUGGUCGAGUGCGCCUCGGUGGUCACUCUCCUAUUAUCUUAUGUACCUGUGUGAUAGUUGUAUCUACAUAUUACGCGCGUUUCCUUUUACCGCUCCUUUUUUUCUCGAGCAUCUUUCCUUUUUUAAGUCCUUACAUUGAAUCCAUAUGGUCUUCUAUUUCUUCUGUAUUUUCAGAUGUUUUCGCUAGCCCUAUGUGGGCUGAGCUUAACGAUGUCAAAGCUCCCUCCCUACGCUGCUUAGCAGAAAAGCUACCGGAGAUAGUCCUUGGUUCCAGGGCAGAUUCCACUACUCUCACCUACCUCAACGGUUUUAAGCGAUGGCGUGCUUGGGCCAACAGAUUUCCCGAGGUCGCAGUGCUGCCUGCUACUCCGGCUUAUGUUUCUUUAUACUUGCUCAGUGUUCUCCAGGCUUCUAGUUCUCCUGUGCCGGUCCAGAACGCCUUCUAUAGCAUUCGCUAGGCUCAUGAUAUUGCUGGUUUCGACUCUCCUACCAAUCAUACACUUCCCCAGAAGGUCGUGGAGUCCGCUAAGAGAAGGCUACUACACCUUACUUCCAAAAAGCUCCCCAUUACACCCGAAAUUUUACAAAAGUUGUUUCAGAGUCUCGAUGGAUCUUUGGUGGACACAAGAUUCAUGGCCAUGGCGUUAUUGACCUUUGCGGGGUUCUUAAGAUUUGAUGAACUGGCUAAUCUGAAGCUUAAGGAUUAAACGCUGCAUGACACUCAUUUUGAGCUUUUUAUAGAAAGCAGUAAAACUGAUCAAUAUCGCGAGGGCGCUAUUGUCCCCAUUGUCAAGUCUGGCACGGAUCUUUGCCCCUGGGGUAAUUUAGAGAAGUAUUUAUCGCAAGCCAAACUCACGUUACCGACUUCUUUCCAAGGUGGAGA